CUUAUUUACUUGCCUCUGACAUGUUGCAGUGUUAUGACAAAUAUCUUAAAGCUGAUUUCAAAGAGGCUGCUGCAAAGGCAGGCCAUCCUGAAUGGGAGCUUCCAGAUAACGCUGGGGAAACGAAUGACGAACCAGAAUCAACAGAAUUUUUCAAAUCAGGGGGAACCUAUCAAACUGAGAAAGGGAAAUUUUUUCUAACAUGGUAUUCCAACAGGUUGUUGACCCAUGGUGAUGAGAUCCUCGAUGAAGCCAACAAUGUGUUCCUAGGUUGCAAAGUGAAGUUAGCAGCAAAAGUUGCUGGAAUUCACUGGUGGUAUAAAACAGAAAGCCAUGCUGCAGAGCUUACUUCAGGAUAUUACAACUUAGAUCAUAGAGAUGGAUACAGACCCAUAGCAAAGAUGCUCUCACGACACAAAGCUAUUUUAAAUUUUACAUGUCUUGAGAUGAGAAAUCACGAGCAACCAGCUGAAGCCAAAAGUGGAGUCCAAGAACUUGUUCAGCGGGUCCUUAGCGGAGGUUGGAUGGAGAACCUUGAAGUUGCAGGAGAAAAUGCACUUUCAAGAUAUGAUCAUGAAGCUUACGAUCAAAUCCUUUUAAAUGCCAGACCAAACGGCGUAAAUAAAUUGGGGGCUCCAACACUAAAAAUGUACGGUGUGACAUAUCUCCGUUUGUCGGAAAAAUUAUUACAGCAAACAAACUUCGAUAUAUUCAAAGCCUUUGUCAGAAAGAUGCAUGCUGAUUUGGAUUAUUGUCCAGACCCAGAGAGAUACAAUCAUUUCACAAUUCCUAUGGAACGGUCAGAGCCAAAAAUCCCGAUGAAGGCUCUUCUUGAAGCAACGAAACCUAUGUCGCCUUAUCCAUGGUACAAGGAAAUAGACAUCAUUGUUAGUGAUGCUACUGGUUUUCUUCGUCAUAUAGUCACUACUAUUUUACGUGUAUUCAAACUGAAAACAAAGAGCAAGAAAUUAUAUGAUUAAUUCUGUUUCAAACCUUGUACAAUGUCAAUACGAAGUGGAGAAGAGAAAAUAGCUUCAAAUAGUUU